AUGUCGAGUAAGGCAUGUAAAUGUGGUGGAACAGAGAUCGAUACGGAUCGAGCACGAGGUGUAAGUGUAUGUACAAAAUGUGGAGAAGUUAUUGAAGAUACAUGUAUUGUUAAUGAAGCUGAAUUAACUGAAACAAGUGGUGGUGGUAUACAAGUUAUUGGACAAUGGCUUUCCAAUGAUGAUGUUCGAGGUGCAAGUACGGGUGGUAUGAUGGGUUUUAAUGUUCGAGAAUCAAGACAAAUAACAUUACAAAAAGCUCGUCGUGGUAUAAUGGAUAUUGCAAGUAAUAUGCGUAUGAAUCAUCAUUGUAUUGAUGCAGCUUUUAAGAUCUAUAAAAUGGCACUUGAUCAUAAUUUAUCUCGUGGAAAUAAAGCUAGUCAUCUUCUUUCUGCUUGUUUAUAUAUUAUUUGUCGAACGGAAGGUACACAACAUAUUUUACUUGAUUUUUGUGAUCAUGUGGAUGCAGAUAUUAGUGUUCUGGCACGUAUCUAUUUACGAUUAGCACGUGAAUUGUGUAUCAAUGUUCCACAUACAGAUCCAUCAUUACUUAUACCACGUUAUGCAGCUAAACUUGAAUUUGGUGAUCGAACAAAUGCAGUUUCUAAUACAGCUCUACGUAUUGUUCAACGUAUGAAACGUGAUUGGCUUAAUAUUGGUCGUCGUUCAUCUGGCCUUUGUGGUUCAGCUUUAUUAUUUGCUGCACGUAUGCAUAAUUUUAAUCGUACAAUUCAACAAAUUGUUGAUGUUGUAAAAAUAUCUAAAGCAACAAUAAUACGACGUUUACAAGAAUUUGAAACAACACCAACAGCACAAUUAAAUAUGAAAGAAUUCGAUACAAUUGAACUUGAAGAAGAACAAGAUCCACCCGCUUUUUCUAAAGCUAAACGUAUGACUAAACUUGCUCAACAUGAAGAAUCAUUUAAUAUUGAACAAAUUGAACGUGAAAUAAUUGAUACACAAAAACAAAUUGAUGAACAACUAGAAAAAUUACAUAAGCCACGUGGUCAAUUAGCUAAAUAUGCUAAAUAUGUUGAUUUAGAAAAAACAGUUUUAACUAAUGAAGAAGAUGAAUUAAUUCAGAAAGUUUUAACAAAUAAAGCAACGAAACGAAAACUUUCUAUUGAUGAUGAUGGUGAUGAUGAUAAUAAUGGAAGUCCAUCUACAUUGACCACAGCAGAAAUAGAGCCAGUACCUAUCAAUGAGAAUGAUAUGAAAUGGGCAGCUAAUUAUAUUGAAGAACAACAAACACAAUUGAUUCUUUCUUUACUUGAUGACAUUCCAAAACCAAUAGUUAAUACUAAUGAAGAUGGUGAUGAAGAUGAUGAUAACGAAGAAAAACAUAAAGAAAGUGAUUAUAAAUCUCUUAGACCAUCAUUAGAAACUAUGGGCAUUGUACCAGUAACAACAUCAUUAAAUUAUGCAACAGAUAAUUUUAAUGCAACUACAACAAAUACAACUCGUCAUCAUCAUGUUGUAUUAGAUCUUCCUGAAUGGCAUCCAUCAAUUGAUUUAGCGAAUGAAGAACUUGAUUUAACCGGUAUUGAUGAUAAUGAAAUUGAAGAAAUGAUAUUAACACGUGAUGAAACAAAAUUAAAACUUAAAUCUUGGUUACGUGAAAAUAAAGAUUGGUUUUUAGAAGAAAAACGGCGUCAACGUAAUAAAGAAGCUGCUGAACAAAAGAAAGCUGGUUCAAGUGGAAUGACGGCAGCACAACGACGAAGACGUAAGAAAAAAGCUGCAGCAGCAACUGCAGCAACGAAUGAGAUUAAUAGAGUAGCAAACAGUACUACUAGUCAUCAUCAUCAAUUAGCUGGUUUUAAUUCAUUGACACCAGCUGGUUUAGCUGCUGCUGCUCAUUCAGCACUUGAAGCUGAGAAACAUUCCCAAGAUAAACGUGUAUCAACUAAAAUUAAUUAUGAUGUAUUAAAGAGAUUGACAAUGAAAAAAGAUGGAACAGAACAAGUAUCAACAUCACCAGCAAUGAUAAAUACAAAUGAAUCGGAAAGAACUACUUAA